GGGAGGAGGAGUCAGGGCCGCGGACAGCAGCAGUCCUCUCCCUCCACACUCAACUCCUGAGCAGCCCAGCAUCAGCAUCAGCGGCUCCUGCACGUCUCUCCCCACGCCCGGCCCGGGUGCUCGCCGCCUCCUCCUCCCCAUCCUCACCAUGGCGCUCCGGGCCCGCGCUCUCUAUGACUUCCGAGCGGAGAACCCGGGCGAGGUGUCGCUGCGGGAGUCGGAGCUGCUGAGCCUGUGCAGCGAGCAGGACAUCGAGGGCUGGCUGGAGGGGGUGAACAGCCGUGGGGAGCGGGGGCUCUUCCCGGCUUCCUACGUGGAACUCCUGCGGGGAGAAGCGCCCGCUCCUGCCCCGCCGCCGCCUCCGCCUCCCCCCGCCCCGGCCGCCGGGGACUCCCGCUACGCCAACUUGCCCCCGGGAGGCUACGAGCCGGCGCCGCCGCCAGCAACAUCAUCCGCAGCCGCCCACCCCUUCCAGAGCUUCCCCUACCGGCCGAGCUCCCUCCCCUACCAGCCCAGCCAGGCGAGCGACGACGACUGGGAUGACGAGUGGGACGACAGCAGCUCCGCCACCGCAGACGAGCCCGGCGGGGCCCCGCUGGCCGCCACCCCCCUUGACUACGAGAGCAGCAGCCGCUACCGGCUCUCCACCCGCUCCGAGCUGCCGCCGGGCUCUUACGGCAGCAUCUCCUCCCGGGGCUCCUCGGCCACGGUCGGCCGCAACCUCAACCGCUUCUCGGCCUUCGUGAAGAGCGGCGGCGAGGCGUUCGUGCUGGGCGAGGUGGCCGGCUUCGUGCGGGACGGCGAGCGGCUGUGCGCGGUGCUGGGCCUGCACGGCCCCGAGUGGCAGGAGAACCCCUACCCGUUCCACUGCACCAUCGACGAGCCCACCAAGCAGACCAAGUUCAAGGGCAUGAAGAGCUACAUCUCGUACCGGCUGCUGCCCAGCCACACCGGCCUGCAGGUGCACCGCCGCUACAAGCACUUCGACUGGCUCUACGCCCGCCUGCUGGAGAAGUUCCCGGUCAUCUCCGUGCCCCGCAUCCCGGAGAAGCAGGCCACCGGCCGCUUCGAGGAGGACUUCAUCUCCAAGCGGCGCAAGGGCCUCAUCUGGUGGAUGGAGCACAUGUGCAGCCACCCGGUACUGUCCCGCUGCGACGCCUUCCAGCACUUCCUCACCUGCACGGACGAGAAGGCCUGGAAGCAGGGCAAGAGGAAGUGCGAGAGGGACGAGAUGGUGGGGGCCAACUUCUUCCUCACCCUCAGCACCAUGCCAGGGGCCCAGAUCCUUGAGCCGCAGGAGGUGGAGGCCAAGCUGGAUGCCUUCAAGGCUUUCGCCAAGAGGAUGGACGAAGGGGUGCUGAUGAUGAACCAGACAGCCGGCGAGUUCGCCAGGAAGCAGAUCACGGGGUUCAAGAAGGAGUACCAGAAGGUUGGCAUGGCCUUCAAGGGUCUGGGCCAGGCCUUUGAGAUAGACCAGCAGCCAUUCUCUGGGGGGCUGAACCGGGCCAUGGCCUUCACGGCGGAUGCCUACGAUGCCAUUGGGGAGAUGUUCGCUGAGCAGCCUCGCCAGGACCUGGACCCAAUCAUGGACUUGCUGGCAGUCUACCAGGGCCACCUGGCCAACUUCCCUGACAUCAUCCAUGUCCAGAGAGGUGCGCUAGCCAAAGUCCGAGAGAGUAAGAAGCAUGUGGAAGAAGGCAAGAUGGAGCUGCAGAAAGCUAGUGACAUCCAGGAGCGCUGUAACGUUGUGUCCUAUGCCACCCUGGCCGAAAUUCAGCAUUUUCACAAAAUCCGCGUGCGGGACUUUAAGUCGCAGAUGCAGCAUUACUUACAGCAACAGAUAACCUUCUUCAAAAAAGUGACGCUAAAGUUGGAGGAGGCGCUUCAGCAAUAUGACGCAGCCUAGCACUUGUUUCAGACUCUGGACUUGUUCUCCUCAUUUUUCGAGGUUUGGAACUGGGGUUAUAGUCUUCCACCCCCUCCCUUAACAGCCUGUUGCCAACAAUUGGCGAUGGUACACCAAUGGUCCUACACUUUUAUAGUAUACUGUGAUGAAGAAAGAAAAUGGAGCCAUUUUCCUCAUAAAUCCAGCAUAGCACAUUUAUAUUUAAAUUUUAUUAUCUAUGCUUACACACUACCAUUGUAGCUGUCUAGAGGAGUACUGAGUAUGCACUUUGCCUUACUGUUUCCUGACGUAUACAGCAGCACAUACUUUGAAGUGGACUAAUUGACGCGUGAAAUGUCAUCAGUUGCCUUUAUUUUUUGUUUUUUUUUAUUACAUUUUCUGGAUUUACCAAAAUCCUCAGUUUACAAAACUUCUACUUGAGCAAUUAUUCAAUUCUUGUGCCUUCCUUUUUUUUUUUUUCCUAGUAAUAAAUUCAUAUUUUACCACAGGAGAAGAAUGCAUCCCAUGUGAACGUUAAAUUGUGUUCUGCUCCCGAUCUUUGUUCCUUAAUGAAACAUUGCACGUGUUAUUUUACGCACUUUUGCUGGAUUUAUUUACGUUCAGUCACUUGCAGGAUGCAAACGUAGAUGUUUGACUCUCGGGUUUAUGUCAACCAAGAUAUAACCAUGUUACCUGGUCACACAAAAUAACGAGCCUAGGUCUUAACGGAGUGUUAUAUUUGCUUUCCUCUUAACAUCUGCUUAUUAUGUUUCACCACUUUGUGAUUUAACCUGUUCAGUUUCAAUGUAUUUACAGGUUUCUUUUUAAAAAAAAUGUUAUUCGGGGCAUUAAAGACCACCUGCUGAGUAAACUUAAUGGAGGCAGCCAUUUUGUUGCUCCUGAGAGUGCAGCCUAUUUACUCAGGACUAACGCCUUUUGAACCACGGUCAUGAAGUGCCUAAGUGGUGUCGCUAGUUUACCGUGAAUUGAUAAGCUACGUUCUAAUGGCUGCCUCCAUUUUGUAUGACAGGGGCUGUUUAUAAUGAAGUUGCAGGAAAAAAGCUUUUUUUACUAGAUUAAUGAAGCACAAAUGUAAGAAAACACAAUUCUUUCCAGGGACUGACCUGUUUGCAAUAUGGCCGUUUUUAACGAUAAUGCAGUUUUUUCCAAGUCACACAAUCCUACCCUUUAUGCAGAUAUUGAUUGCUGGAAUAAUAUUUAUUUUGUAUGUUAUGUAUGUAACCAACCUAUUAGUUUUUCUAUAUUGUAAGUUUCAGAAUUACAGCAGUCAGAGUUUUAUAUUUAUAUGGUAAGUAUACGGAUCUGCAAUUACUUUAUUUUAAACGACAUGUUCGGCUGUCCAGUAGCUCUGUCGCCUCUAGCAUGAUGCAGGGAUUAGAGUUUUUAAUACUUUUUCUAGAAAGGUUUGUUAUUUAUAUAAAGCAUUUAUACAUUCCUCUCUCGGUCUUGAGCAGACAAAUGAUUUCUAUAUGUUCAGUUUUGUGGCAUUUGGCACUGUUUAACAAAUCACUGCGUCACUUCUCUUGUGUUUGGCCUGUCAGUGUUAUUAGUCGCUUUUCAUUUAAUUAUGAAACAUGCAUCCAAUUCACUCUGACCUCCAUCCUCUAGAACUCUGUCUCCUCCAGUUUAAAGAACCCUUUUCCAAAAGAUAAUUUGAGUGCACCCUAAUAUAUUCUCCAAUCUUUGCAAGGGUCUCAUACUAACCUUUAUUUUAAAAGUGUAAAAAUAUUCCAAAAUGCCCACAUACCUUUAAUUUGUUUCAAACUUGUGCCACCCCACUCAGACCUCACACAUGUUCCAAAAUGCCUCCACCUACCAAAAUGCAUCCAGGUGCCCUCCGUACACCACAAACACUCCUCCCUCAUGUAUUAAACUCUCCCUUAGGUCUCUCAGACCUGUUUACAAGUCCACUGCACAUGGCAGACACUUAUGGACACUCCUCCAUGUCCUUCACCUUCUUGCAGCCGCUUCAGCCUGCAGGAGAAGGAAGGAGGGCACAUUGCAGGAUACACAGCCCUCUCGCCUCCUCUGAUUGGAUGAGCUGCAUGAUCUCUCUCAUGUAGGAAUUUUACAAGGCUGCUCCUGUUCAGUAUUAUCUGCUUCUCUGUCUGUUGUCCACCUUACACCCUGCAGCUUGUGUGUGCUGUAAAGUCACUCCCAGAACUCUGUCAGCACUUUUCCAGCCAAGUAUGUACAGUAGGGUAUAAGCGUGCAGAGUAACAGAGUUCUCUAGAGGCAAUCAUGUCUUGUGCACUUUCUAAAUGUCUGUUAUGUAGUUCAUUAAACACAUUUGUUUUACAAGUU